CCCAAAACAUAGCAACCCAACUAACAUUUUGCCCAUUCCUAACUAUUUUUGGAAACGGUUUUCCCCCAAAAUUCUCAGAUGCAGAGCAAUGGAGGAACAAGUUAUAACAAACCCAAAUCAAAAAACAGGAAAAAACAAAAGGAAAAACAAAAAACAUGGCCAAGCUAAAGGGCAAGGAGCUGGGCCUCUCGUGCAUGUUGAACACCGAGUUGGGGGCCGUCCUGGCCGUGAUGCGGCGGCGGAUGCCGGAAUCCAAUUCCCAUUUCCACCCUCCGCAAGACGAUAACUGCGAUACCGACGUUCUACAGUCGUUGAAAUCUCUCAGAGGGUUCAUAUUCAAUCCCCAACAAGAAUGGAGAAAGAUCGAUCCGUCGAUUUAUCUGUCACCUUUCGUGGACGUGAUUCAGAGCGAUGAGGUUCCGGCCGCCGCCACCGGCGUCGCGCUCUCGUCAAUUCUGAAGAUUUUGAAGCUUGAGAUAUUUGACGAGAAGACUCCCGGGGCGAAAGAGACGAUGAACUCGGCUGUGACUGCCAUUACUGGAUGCAGGUUGGAGAGAACAGCCCCAGUUGCAGAGGAUGCAGUUAUGAUGAGGAUUUUACAAGUGCUGACUGCAAUUAUGCACCACCGUGCAUCGGUUCUGCUCACCGAUCACUCUGUUUGCACUGUCGUCAACACCUGCUUUCAGGUGGUGCAGCAGUCUGCUGGCCGUGGGGAUUUGCUCCAGCGAAGUGCAAGGUACACAAUGCACGAGCUGAUACAGACAAUUUUCUCGCGGCUGCCUGAUAUUGAGGUGAGAGACUGGGAAAACUCAGAAUCCGACACGGAAGACAGCAGUUUGGAUUCCGGGUAUGGGAUCCGAGCCACAGUGGACAUAUUCCAUUUCUUGUGCUCUUUACUGAAUGUGGUUGACAUCAUGGAGAGUACUGAGGGAAUGGGUUCUCAAACUGCUGAUGAAGAUGUUCAGCUUUUCGCUUUGGUUUUGAUCAAUUCUGCUUUGGAAUUGAGUGGUGAAAGCAUUGGCAGCCACCCUAAGCUUUUGAGGAUGGUUCAGGAUGAUCUGUGCCACCAUUUGAUUCAUUAUGGAGCUUGUUCUAGCCCCCUUGUUCUUUCCAUGAUUUGCAGCACCUUCUUGAACAUCUACCACUUCCUUCGCAGGUCGAUUCGGCUUCAACUGGAAGCCUUCUUCUCAUUUGUGCUGUUCAAAGUCAUGAGUUUAGGGAACAUUAUCCAGAUACAAGAUGUAACAAUUGAAGGAAUCAUAACCUUCUGCAGACAACCCACAUUCCCAAUUGAAGUCUAUGUAAAUUUCGACUCUGAUCCCCUUUGUCGAAACGUGUUUGAAGAGAUUGGAAAGCUUCUCUGCAAGCAUGCAUUUCCAGCCGGCGGUGCCCUAACAACUUUACAAGUACAAGCCUUUGAAGGACUUGUACUCAUUAUUCACAACAUUGCUGAAAAUAUAGACAAGGAGGAAAACAGUUCAAUCAUUUCUGGACCAUACCCGGUUGAGAUUUCUGAGUAUAGACCCUUUUGGGAAGAGAAAUCGCGAGAGGGGAAUGAUUUGGAGACGUGGGUUGAAUACGUGAGAAUGAGAAAAGCACAGAAAAGGAAACUGUUGAUUGCCGGAAACCACUUCAACCGCGAUGAAAAGAAGGGGUUGGAGUACUUGAAAGUCUCUAAUUUGGUUUCGGAUGAUCCGAAAGCCUAUGCCAUGUUUUUUCGGUAUACUCCAAGACUUGAUAAAACCAUGAUUGGAGAUUACUUAGGGGACCCUGAUGAGUUUCACAUUCGAGUUUUGAAGGAAUUUACAGAUACUUUUGAGUUUUCUGGUAUGAUUCUUGACACUGCUCUCCGGACUUAUCUCGAGAGUUUCCGGUUACCAGGAGAGUCCCAGAAGAUCCAGAGGAUUCUUGAAGUUUUUUCUGAGAAAUUUUAUGACCAACAAUCAUCAGAAGUUUUUGCGAAUAAAGAUGCAGUGUUUGUUCUAUGUUACUCUUUGAUCAUGCUCAAUACUGAUCAACACAACCCACAAGUGAAGAAGAAAAUGACAGAAGAGGAAUUCAUAAGAAACAAUAGGGCGAUAAACGACGGUAAAGACCUUCUCAGGGAGUACUUGUCAGAGCUUUUCCAUUCCAUCUCAACAAACGCAAUCACCAUUUUUGGACAAUCCGGUUUGCCAGUGGAAAUGAAUCCAAGCAGGUGGAUUGAGCUAGUAAAUCGAGCCAAAACCGUGCAGCCUUUUGAAGUAUGCGAUUUUGACUGCCGGAUUGGGAGAGAUAUGUUUGCCACCAUCGCGGGCCCCUCAGUUGCAACGCUUUCAGCGAUAUUUGAACACACCGACGAAGAGGGAAUCCUCCAUGAAUGCAUUGAAGGGUUGUUCUCAGUAGCUAGAAUUGCUCAGUUUGGAUUAGAAGACAUACUUGAAGAACUCCUAGCCUCUUUUUGUAAAUUCACAACUCUGUUGAAUCCUUAUGCGUCCGCUGAAGAGACUUUACAUGCCUUUAGCCAUGAUAUGAAGCCGAGGAUGGCAACUUUAGCAGUUUUUACUAUCGCAAACAGUUUCGGAGAAUUGAUCAAAGGGGGGUGGAGGAACAUUGUGGACUGCUUGUUGAAACUCAAGAGGCUAAAACUGCUACCGCAGUCUAUCGUGGAGCCCGGUCUCGCUUCCAACUCAUCAUCUGACAUGGAUAUUCACACAAGAUCCGAGUCAGGGGUGGUGUUCCCUAGUCAAGGUCUGAAACAAGGCCAUGGGCGACAGAGUUCCGGUAUAAUAGGCCGUUUCUCCCAUUUUCUUUCCAUGGAAAGUGUGGAGGAAAGUUUGACCCUUGGGGUUAGUGAGUUUGAGCAGAAUCUGAAAGUCAUACAGCAAUGCCAAGUGGGAAGCAUAUUCAGUAACAGUUCAAAGCUACCCGAUGAACCGUUGCUGAACCUGGGGCGAUCGCUGAUAUUUGCAGCUGCUGGAAAAGGGCAGAAGUUUAGUACGCCUGUUGAGGAAGAAGAAACAGUUGGUUUCUGUUGGGAUUUGGUUUUAAUUAUUGCUUCAUGUAAUACUGAGAGAUUCACAACCUUUUGGCCUCAAUACCAUGAUUUUUUCCUAGCAGUUGCUCAGUUCCCUCUAUUUUCACCUGUCCCGUUUGCAGAGAAGGCGAUCAUAGCCCUUAUGAAGAUUGCUCUCAAGCUCCUUUCUUCGUACCGAGCUGAUAGACUUCCGGAGGAGCUCGUAUUCAAGUCAAUAAACUUGAUGUGGAAGCUAGACAAGGAAAUCAUCGAUACUUGUUGCGAGCCUAUCACACUAUCUAUCAAGAAAAUCAUCACUGAGUACGCGGGAAAUUUGCAGACUCAGCUCGGGUGGAAAUCAGUCCUUCACUUGUUAUCACUCAGUGGUCGCCACCCAGGAACCUAUGAUAUGGGAGUUGACACGCUUAUUGCACUGAUGUCGGAUGGAACCAACGUUUCGCGAACAAACUAUGCUUAUUGCAUCGACUGUGCAUUCGGUUUCGUUGCUUUAAAAAACACCCCAUCAGAGAAAAACAUGAAGAUAAUGGACCUAAUGGCGGAUUCAGUGAAUUUCUUGAUCCAAUGGUACAGAAGUGGAUAUUCGGAUCCGGGGAGCAAUGCUAGUAUGGUGAGCAACGCGAGUAGUUCUUCAUUAGAGGACAAUAUGAAAUCUCUUGGUUCUUCGAAUUUCGCAGUGAAUUUAUUCAUAAAGCUUGGGGAAGCACUGAGAAAGACUAGCUUGGCGAGGAGGGAGGAGAUAAGAAACCACUCGAUUUCCGCUCUCCAGAAAAGCUUCACGCUAGCCGAGGACUUGUACUUCACAUCCUCAAAUUGCAUGAAUUGUUUCAACCUCGUGAUAUUCGCGAUGGUUGACGAUCUGCACGAGAAAAUGCUGGAGUACUCGAGGAGAGAGAACGCGGAGAGAGAGAUGAGGAGCAUGGAGGGGACUUUAAAGAUUGCAAUGGAGCUGUUGACGGAAGUGUACUUGCAGUUUUUGAAACCUCUAUCGGAGAGUUCCGGGUUUCGGAAUUUCUGGAUGGGAAUAUUGAGGAGAAUGGAUACUUGUAUGAAGGCUGAAUUGGGCGACUAUGGGAAUUCAAUAGUGCAGGAAAUAGUACCGGAUUUAUUGAAGAGGAUGAUCACGACAAUGAAGGAAAAUGAGAUUUUGGUUCAGAGGGAAGGUGAUGCUUUGUGGGAAACCACAUAUAUUCAGAUACAGUGGAUAGCUCCUUCGCUUAAGGAGGAGCUAUUUCCUGAAGAUUUAUAGACGGCGUUUUAGAUUAUUUUUUUGUACAUGGGGUCUUUUAGAGUCUCUUUUAGGUUACCCAUACGUAAUUAUAAUUAUUUAUGUCUCGAGUUGGAAUAGGUUACUAUGAAAACCAACUCGUUAUUUUUUGCCUUUUUGAGUCGAUAAUAGGGUUUUCCUCAUAAGGAUUUUGAAAUUAUUUUGUGGGUUUUUUUAUUUUUUAUUUUUGCCCUUCUGGGUAGAGCUAAAAGCUAGAGUAUGUUAAGUUGUUAACUAGGAUGUUAAGAGAGGAAACCAUAGUUCUCUUGUGCAGCUUCUCUCUGUUUCA